AUGAACGCGCAUCCACUUGCGAGUUACGCAACACUUCUACGUCGACGCAACGCAACACAACACUUCUACGUCGACGAUUUUCUCUUUGGGGCGCCGGACGUAGAAUCCGCCAUCAAGUUGUGUCGUGAGACAUCGGCAAUGCUAGCUUCCGCUGGAUUACCGCUCAAGAAAUGGGCAUCGAGUUCUCCUGAAGUUCUUGAGGAUGUACCACCUGAUGAUCUGGCAAUUCUGCCAUUCCAUAAUCUUCAGGAUGACCAGGCUGUCUUCACGUUCGGCCUCAUUUGGGAACCGAAGUUGGAUAUACUCAUGUUCAAGGUUCAGUUUCUGCUAGCCGCAUCCGUCCCGACGAAACGCAAGGUGAUGUCGUGCAUCACCCAAAUUUUCGAUCCACUCCAACGUGUGUCCAACGAUCACCAAAGCUAA